UCAUUAUCUGUUUUUAUUUGUAGAAUGAAUAUCCAUCAGCAUAUCCAAGAUUCUCAGACAUCUGCCAGCGUGCCAAGACAUUGUUGUCAACACUUUUCUUGGCUUUCCAUUGAGAAUCUUACCAAUGGCAAAUGAACCAUCUGAUGCCCUGCCUGUCCAAGAUGAGUUUGAUCGGAUCUCACUCUGUCAGAUCGGAGCAAGAUUUGUCAACGAUAGGAACGCUGCCAUCGCUUGGUGCCGACAGUAUGGCCUCCUGGCCAAAGAAAUGUCAUGCCCCAACUGCGACGCACCAUGUCAAGAGCAGAAGAGGAGCAAGAAUAUCGACAAGGUUUGGUGGAGAUGCAUGGAAAAUACUUGCAGGAAGUCAGUGUCAAUCAGGAGAGGGAGCUUCUUCGAAUCAUCGCAUCUGGAGCUGUGGCAGGUGCUCGGCAUGUCCUAUCUCUGGGCAUCGAACGUUGGGACUGGCAGGGGUUUGUCUUAUGAGAACCUGAAGAAGGAGCUUGGAGGGAUCGGUAAUCACACCAUAGUAGACUGGAAGCAGUUUAUGAGAGAUGUGGCUGUAUCUUAUUUUAAGGGUCAUCCAGAGCAGAUCGGUGGCAAUGGUGUAGUCGUUGAAGUCAACGAGCGUUUGACCUUCUACAGGAAGAACAACCUGGGCCAACUCCAAGAAGAAAUACCUGUCAUCGCUGGCUAUGAUUUGGCUAGCAAGAAAGGUUUCCUAGUUCCCUUGGAGAAACAAGAAGCGGAUGCACUUCUGGCCAUCAUUGAAACGUGGGUGGCACCAGGGUCGACCGUUCGGACAAAAAUGUGGGAAGACUUCAAGAAGCUGAACAAGGGGAGCCACUCUUUGAAGUUUGUGAAACGAAAGGAGGGUGUACAACCAAAUCACGUAGAGGCCAUGUGGUCGAGAGCCAAGGCUGCAAUAGGACCAAUACGCCGUGAUAGGCUUGGAGACCACUUAGCUGAGUUCAUGUGGGCUCAGCGGUUUAGAAAGUCAGCAUUCUUCCAUCUCUGGACGCAGAUUGCCAGGGACCUUUACCCUGUGUAAAGAGACAGUGUCUGGACCACCUGGAUAUUCAUCUUUGAUAAUAAGCUAAUGAUUGCAGAUAUUCAUAGUCAACUCACCAACACAAACCCUUAUUCCAGAGAUUUAUACAAACACCAACUAAAGAUAAACUUUAAAUGUUGAACUACAAAGCUACCAUUAUAUUUAUGCAUCUUUGACGAGAAAUGAGCCGACAUUUAGGAUAACAAGAUGUCUUCGCCUGGACAAUUUACCCCAUUUUCAAGGAAUGUUACAAGACUGCUCAAUCAUAUGAAAUGGGGAUCACCGGUACAUUACUCCAUUGUAACAGAUAGACAAUAUGAUAAAUCAAGAGGAAAGGAAUUUCAUUUUCCACCAUGGUUGGAGGAAGCAAGCAUAUAUGUCCACUGGCCCUAUUGCAAGAAGCGCUGCACCUACUGCAAUUUCAACAAAUACGUAACCCCAACCAUCGACCAAGACAGGAUGAGGGCCUGCUUGACAAGGGAAGCCCGGACCUUGAUCAGACUCAGCGGCAUCAAACGGGUCAACUCCAUCUUCUUUGGGGGAGGGACACCUAGCCUGGCAGAACCCAGGGUCUUGGAGGGUGUAAUUGAUGCGGUCAGGGAGAUGGUUGUCAUGCCAACAGAUGUUGAAAUAACCAUGGAAGCCAACCCGACAUCUGUAGAGAUGAAGAGACUUGAGGAUUUCAAAAGUGCUGGCAUAAACAGACUGUCUCUGGGUAUCCAAGCACUCAACAACAAUGACCUCCGAACCCUGGGUCGUGAACACACCGUUGACCAAUCACUGACCUGCAUCCAAGAGGCUCGUACACUCUUCCCUGACCGUCUCAGCAUCGACAUCAUCUUUGGCCGGCCUUCCCAGACCUUGAACUCUUGGAAAGCAGAACUCGAUCACAUCCUACAAGUAUGCGACAGUCACAUAUCUCUGUACCAGUUGACUCUUGAACCAGGCACUUUGUUGUAUAAGUUGGAAAAACAGGGUGUUUUGCCCAUGCCUGAUGCGGAUGUUAUGGCUGAUAUGUAUGAAACUGCUGUGGAAAGACUAGAUCGAGCUGGAUUGUAUAGGUAUGAAGUGUCCAAUUUUGCCAGAGAUGUCAGAGCUGAGAGUACUCACAACAAAGCAUACUGGGAAGGGAAGCAGUAUAUUGGGGUAGGACCUGGUGCCCAUGGGCGAUUCUGUCCAGUUGCCGACCAAACAGAGUCAAAAAGAAUUAUAUCAGAUUCCAAAGCAUAUUUCCAGUCAGUACCUUGCCAUAGUAAAGAUGGUGCAAGAGAAAGAAGUCUGCGUUCAGAUGGUAACUUGGUCAAACUUUCCACAGCAACUCCGCGAAGUAGACAACCUGUAGCAGAAGAGACAGAGCAGAGAGAAUCGCCUUCAGACAGUUUUCCUUCUCUCCUGCAAAGAGAAGCUAGAAUACAGACCUUGGAACCAGAAGCUUGGAUGCUGGAGGUCGAAAAGUACGGCCAUGCCACCCGGAAACGCAGCACACUGUUCAACAUUGACACCUUGCGAGAGCUUCUCCUGACAGGGCUACGCACCUGUCGGGGCAUAUCCAGCCAGACAUGGCAGCAGUUUAGCCCCGAGGAUCACCCAAGAGAUGUCUUUGGGCCAAGUUCCUUUACCAAGGGUGCCAUUAUCUCUGGGUUGGUAGAACUUGAUGAUAGGGGCUUGAGGUGCACCCACCAUGGACUGAAUGUAUUGGAUAGCAUUCUGCCAGAGUUGACUGAAAUCCUUGACUCUCACUAUGAUAAUGUAAGGUGAUGUUAGGUUGCAGGAUUAUCCAUGACUGCUUCCACAACAUUUUCUCCUGUGAAAAAAUGGUCUUAUGGAAAAUCUGCCCGCUGAGGCACUUUGUCAAUGGGUUAGAGCCUUUCCAUUCCUGUCAAAGUUCGGCAGAUUAGAUUAGCAAAAAUUUUUUUUUAAGGAAGGUCUUUGAGCUAUUCAUUUAUAUUCUGUUUCAUUCAAUAAAUCUCUGGAAGCUUUU